AUGGCCUUCCGGUGCCGGUGCGGUCUCUUCCGGCUUCCACCGCCUCCCUUGUCCUUCUCUACCAAUCAGAACCAGAAAAACAAAAUAAGAGAGCGAAAUCGGCUGCUGGGUCUCGGAAAUCAGAGGAUCCAACCAGCCAUGCCUCGCCACAAAGACGAGCUCCCCGCGGUUCGCGUUUACACUGUCUGUGACGAAUCUAGAUACCUGAUCGUAAGGAACGUACCUGCACUGGGUUGCGGCGAUGACUUGCAGAAGCUCUUCGCCUCCUAUGGCGACGUUGAAGAGCUUAAACCGAUGGACGCAGAAGAUUGCGAGCCAUUUACAGACGUGUACUGGAUCAAAUUCGGUUUGGUUAGCAAUGCCAGGUUUGCGAAAAGGAAGCUGGACGAGCAUGUCUUCUUGGGGAACAAAUUGCAGGUUUCGUAUGCUCCACAGUUUGAGAGCCUCUCAGAUACCAAGGACAAGCUACAGGGCAGAACUAACCAAGUUCUUGCUCGACUCAACCGGGCUGGAAAAUCUCCUAUCCAGCCUCCCCAUUUCUCUUCUCACCCACAAUCUAACUCCAAUCGAUCCCGGGAUGUACGAGAAUUGGAAGGCUUUCCCCGGGCAAAUGAUCCGCCCCUGAAAAGGGUUUCUUCUGAUCAGGAUUACUUCCCAUCUCAAUCCAUGAACGAGACGGUUAAUUUGGUCAGGAAGAAGCUCGAUAAGAUACAGUCAAGUUCAGACCAGCAAGCUGGAACUGCACCUAAGAAGUUACGAGUGGACAACAGAAGACGAAUCUAGAUGCUGCUGCUUAGUCAAAUUUGUUUGUGAUUGUUACUCGUGCAUGCCAAUAUCAGUGUCUCAUAAACAGACGAUUUGGUUCUUGUUAAGCUUUGCUUCAAUCCCUGACCCCAAUACACGGUUUUUAACCUACUCACAGAAACUAGACUCAUUUUAAAUGCCACAGUUCAAGAAGUUGUAAAGUUGCCCAAUCUCUAGUUUCUGCAUUUUCUAUGGCAGCAGAUGCAC